AUGCCCGGCACGCAGGGCCUGGACAGUCUCAUGCAGACGGAGAACCGCGACCUGGUCGAGAAUGUCGUUCGUGUCCUGCCAGAGUACGUGCGGGAGCCGAAGUCGGUCGCGGAGCGCGAGGAGGAAAUCCGCACCUGUGGCUGGAAGGCACCGCCCCACAAGCCGUACCAGGCGCUCGGGACCCCCGUGCUCGACCUGUCGCACCCUAGGUCCUUGCUGGAGGCCCCGCCCGCCGGGGCCGCGAAGCCGGCGAAGGAGGUCCUGCCAGGAGCGCAGGACCGCCAGCAGGAGAGGAAGAGCAGCAAGCACGACGCCAUACACGAGAGAAUCGCGCUCCUGAAGGAGAGGGAGGCGCGGCGGACGACGAAGGAGGACCCGGUCACCACGCGCAUCCGCCAGGGCCUGCGCGCCCGCAAGGAGGCAGUCAUCAAGUGCCGGGCGGGCCAGACCUACAUGAAGGCGUUCGAGGCCAAGCCGCUCGACGCGGCCGGCCACGCGACGGAGACGGCCGCCGCGAACGCGGUCGACCGCGAGCUGAUGCGGCCGGCCACCGCGCGCGUCCCCAAGACCAUCGAGACCCUGCGGCGGACCAUCAACGCGCGGCGGAGCGCGAUCUCGGGCCGGCCGGGCUCCCCGGACUCCGCGGGACGACCCCACGCAGGCCGGCCGCAGACCGCGGGGUCGUACACGUCGUACACGCAGUCCCCCGGGAGCCCGCAGGGUCCGGUGGCGCAGAGCCGCUGGUCCCCGAACCGGAGCCAGAAGAUGGUCACGGCGGACGAGCUCGAGGCCGAGAUCAACGAGCGGCACCGGCAGUUCCGGCUCGGCCUGCGGCAGCGCCCCGCGCAGCGCAAGAAGGGUCUGGAGCACGAGAACAACCUGUUUGCGCGCGCGCCGGUGUACCACGCGCUGAUCGACCCGCUGCUCUCCGUGCACGUCCCGGAGCUCCUGGGAAAGAUCGAGGCGCAUGGGGCGGGCGGCGGCGAGGCGGAGCAGGCCGGGUCGGCCACGGCGCAGAACCUGGAGACCAUGAAGCGGAGGCUGCAGCGCGCCGGGGUGGACAAGAUCAAGCUGGAGGACGUCCUGCAGCUGCCCUUCCUUCCGGGCGAGGAGGAGGCGGCGCUCGCGGCGCUCAAGACGACGAUCUCGCGCAUGGCGGAGCAGCCGACGCAGAAGGAGGGCGCGGCGGGGGGCAAGGGCGACGGCGAGGCGGGGUCGAGCCUGGCCGCGGCGCUGGGCUUCUCGCGCAGGGCCGAGGGGAAGAAGGCGCUGUCCGCGGAGCAGCGCGCGGCGAUCGAGCGCCAGAAGGAGAUUUUCGAGGCGCGCCGAUUCUUCAGCAAUCUGCCGGGGGACAUGACGCCCGCGGAGCGCCUGGAGUCGUUCCGGCAGCUCAAGGCGCGCGAGCGCGUGCGGAUCGAGAAGAUCCAGGACGUGGACAAGGAGCGGAUGAAGCGGGACCUCGACGCCGGCGUGCAGCAGAUGCGCGCGGAGGUCCUGCACGUGCUGGAGAAGAAGGACCGCGACGUGGGGGUGUCGCACGACCGGAUCCUCGCGGGGAUGCGGCAGGUGGAGCAGUCGUGCCAGCGGCAGCCCGCGCAGCUGUUCACGCUGCUGCAGGAGCUGCGGCUGGUGCGGCAGUGGUCGCAGCUGGUGUCGCUGCAGGAGGCGCGCGUGCGGAUGAACACGUGCAAGUGGCUGCACUGGGUGCUGCUGCGCGUGGAGGCGAACGCGUGGAAGGGCGCGCUGACGGAGGGGGAGAAGAUCAUCGCGCGGCGGUGCCUGACGCGGAUGAUUGACGGCGAGGCGUACCAAAUCGAGGACCUCGAAGCGACGAUUCGCGAGGUGGUGGAGACGGCGAAGGAGGACAUAUACGCGACGGAGGUGCAGGAUAUUCUGCUGUUCAUGAUGGACCACUUCGCGGUGAAGGAGCCCGAGGACGCGCUGAGCCUGUUUGUGCGCGCCGUGGGGCUGCACACCGCGCAGGAGCUGCUGCGGGCGCACCUGAACCGCAAGCACCAGCUGAACUUCGAGAAGAAUCAGGCCUCGGCGCUGUCGACGGGCAAGAAGUGGCGGAUCGGCGUUGCGGUGCGCGGCGAGAAGACAGCGCCCCGCGUCGGGUUCGGGGCGGCGGACGCCGAGCCAGCGAGCGCGCGGGGCGCGAAGGAGGGGCCGACAGAGGCGCCCGACGUGCCGGAGACGGUGGUGCCCACGACGCUGAGCCAGGCCGCGGACGUCGUGGCGCUGUGGACGCAGGCGGCGGCGGCGCGCAUGGUGGAGCAGGAAGAAACGCGGGCGACGCAGCUGUGGCGGAAGCUGUCGAAAACGAGGAAGAUCGACGUGAUGCGGGCGCGGGGCGCCAAGGUCGUGGAGCGGCAGCAGGGCAUCGACAGCCUCGUCACGGGUACCAUGGUGGGGAUGUUGUCGUCGUAUAAAAAGAAGCUGAGCAAGGCCGGGGUGAAGAGCGCGGGGCUCGGGACGACGAUCCAGCGCCUUGAGCAGAUGGCGGUGCGGCGGCGCGGGCAGGACACGCUGCGCGAGCUGGCGACGAAGAGCGUGGAGGCCAACGCGCAGCUGCAGCACGAGAUCGACCAGCUGGCGCGCAUCGAGGCCAUUCGGAAGGGCAGCUUCCCCGUGUGA